UUUAUUCCAUUUAAGAACUUGCACACAAGUUCAUAUCCAAAACUGCAUAUGUAGAGGUAGAGUGUGCAUUGUUUCAUAUUUCAUACAAUAAAAUGAGUGCUGUCAACGAAAUUUCCGAUGAACUCCGCAAAAAAGUUCAGGACAAAUUAAAACAGAGUGGGAUGAAUCUAGUGAUCAAGAGAAUGGUUGACAACAUUUGUUCAUCUAAAGACGACCCAAGGAAUAUCGACCCGGGGGAAGUCCUACAAGAAGUCUACAGUCGAGGAUUGAUGAGCUCAGUGCUAGAAACUUUCAAUAAUGAACUACCAGCAAAAUCUGAAUUAACGAGAAGUCAGUUUGACAAAUUAGGCACCAUUGAUGAAAAUGAGUCGUUAGAAAAUCGGAGAGUUGAUGAUGAUGAAUUCGGAAAUAAUUAUGCAGAUGAUGAUAGAGGAAAGCGAUAUUAUUUAAAAGUUGAAACACUGGGAGGAAAAGCCUUUCUGGAUCAUUUAUCUCACGAGAAAAAUUCAACCACCUGCAAAUCUAAAAGAUUUGUUCUUCACCUGUUCUUCAAAUCUCAAAGAUUCAAAACUAAGCCUGUGGACUGUCGAAGUAAUCCAAGUUUUCAAGAGGAAUUUAUCAUCGAUGUUGGUCAAUUUGAAAGCGGGGUGGGCCAACUCUUGACAGUUAAGGAACCUUUACGAAUACUGAUUAUUCGUGAAGACCAGAAUCGUCCCAUCUCAGGAGGUGUCAUCAUUUCCUUCAAUGUGCAUGAUUGGCGUUCAGUUCUUCUCACUGAUAACGGCUUUGAGUCUUUCAGUCUUGAGUUGUUUGGAGUUGGUUCGGAAAAUAAUGUACCUGUUGGCCUUCUGAAUAUGAGAAUUACCAUACUUCCAUGUCCAUCGGAACAAAUUUUGGAAAAGACAAUGAUGACACAGUUACAAUUGGAGAGAGGGAUUCAUGAAGAGUCGGUUCGAAAUUUUGUAACGUUUUCAAAGCAGUGGAUGAAUGAUUUCCUCAGCAUACGGCCAGGUCAUAUUUUUCGUCAUGUCAAAUUGUCGGCAUUUGACGAGAGAUUAGCAUCACGACCUAUCUCAACAUUCUUACAAUUUCCCUACAACGCCGAUAGGGUAUUUCUCACCCCAUUCCACGCAGCCUGGUUUGUGUCCUUGCUUACAAAUUUGCAAAAUUCAAGCAACAAUGACUCAAUCCGAAAUCUGCAAAGCUUAGAACUGACAAUCGCUUCGAAGUGUGGGACUUCUGAAGACUUGAGUAUCCUACUUUGCAGCCUGUUAUUAGGAUUUGGACUGAACGCGUUUGUUGCUUUGGGGUCGGAAAAGAAUGCAAAUCCAAUCUCUUGGGUAGUGACACUUGACAAUUCCUUCAACCCAUUGUUUUGGGACCCAAAAACCUCCAAACGUUUCACCCCCGUAACGUUAACCAAUUCGGAAAAUGAUAAUGAAACUAAAUUAAAUGUUUCAAAAUCAUGCAUGCAGCAAAAAUUCAGUCAUAUUGGAUGCUUGUUAAACAAUGAAUCUUUCCAUUGUAACAUUCAGUCUGCUGACUCGGUGUCCUUGGUGGAUUGGAACAUUUUAAAUCCUGCCAAAUGGAAAUCAAUGUCCCCGAAAAGGAUUGCAAAAUUCCCAUAUCAAUCUCAGCACCGGUUCGUUUUGCUCCCCGCACGUGUGGAUUGCGAACUGAUAACAGCACGUCUGGAGUUAGGGAUACAAGAAUUGAUUCAGGAAGCCAGAAUGCAACAAGAACUAUCUACCCGGUGGGAUGCAAUCACGUCUAAAUUAAUGGGGCAGCAAUUGGCAACCUAUGAAUUACAAGGGUCUACUGGUGGUUCAAACUUUAAUAAUUUCUUUGAAGACGUAAUAAUGAAAUCUCUACCUGCUGGUUAUAACUUUAAAGGAUUUCAUUGUCAUUCUCGGUCAACCACGGCCAAGAAUCUGUUUAAUAGUUGCAUGGGCGAUCUGCAAUGUCAGGAAGUAGUCUACUGUCGUGGGGAAGAUGUGCAACACAUGAUCAGAGUGUCAGUUUUUCCAUAUCCAGAAAAUGUUGUCUCAAUACGAAUUAUGAUUGGUUGUAGAUUUCUAGCAGUUUAAAAUUAUGAUAAAACAGGAUUAGUAUAAAAUGAAAAAUAUUUUAUGCUUGGAGUAUUAUUUUUGCAAAUACAAUUAUCAUUCCAUUUCCAAAC